GCCCGAUAAAUAAGAGGGCCGCGCCGCGCCGAGGGCCCUAGAGACGCGCUGAGAUCCAGAGGACAGAGGAGGCACAAGCGCACAGGCACCCGAGGAAAAAACAUGACUGCUUCAUCCGUGGCGCACAACGUGGGGAAACAUCCCAGUGCCAAGGAGGAGAGAAAGCUGAGGAAGCCGCUCAUUGAGAGGAAGCGACGAGAGAGGAUAAACAAUUGUUUGGAUCAGCUGAAAGAAACUGUGAUCGGGGCGUUCAGACUGGAUCAAUCCAAACUGGAGAAGGCUGAUAUUCUGGAGAUGACUGUGAAGCAUCUGCAAAACAUCCAGAGUAGUAAACUCAACGACCCCACAUUAGGCCUGGAGGCCCAGCAGAAAUACAGCACAGGCUACAUCCAGUGCAUGCACGAAGUCCACAACAUGCUCCUCACCUGCGAGUGGAUGGACAAAACGCUGGGCUCCCGCCUGCUCAACCACCUCCUCAAGUCCCUGCCCAGGUCCACCGAUGAGCGCCCCCUCCAGCCCUCACCCAGACAUGAUGCACCUCCUCCAGCCGGUCAGGGCACGGGGCUCCCCUGUACACCCCUCAGAGGAGCGCCCCUUGCUGGGAGGCAGCUCCAGAGAGAGAGCCCCACCUGCCAUGUGGCUGGACGCCAGGAGAGGCCGGCACUCCACAGCUCCCACCUGGGGAUGCUGGAGAUGUGGAGGCCCUGGUGAAGUGGUGGAUCUCAGUUCUCCAUUUUGUUAGACCAUCCUCUGUUAUGUAUCUUAUAGAUAUGCUGCUCAGAAGACAAACGUGGGGCAGUUUUGUUCCAGUGAUUAUUAUUGUAGGUGUGCUAUAAUGAUUCUAUACAGACCUUUUCUCAGUACUUCCCUUCAGAAGUCGACUUCUCGUAGCCUGCAUUAUAGAAGGCUCUUAUUAAUCUUUCAUGUAUUUAUUGUAUUAACAGCUUUAUUUAUUUGAUAUUAUAAGGCAUGACUUUGCUUUGUAGAUGCUAUGCUUAUGGUAUUGCAUAGAUUUGUAUGUCUUCCUCCUUUGCUGUAUAAUUAACCCAAACAUUAAUAAUAAUAAAAUUGAUUGUACACUCUU